AUGUCAACCAGCUUCCAAUUGCGGUUCCUUCUCUCACCCACGGCCACCAGCAAAAGUUACACCAGCGAAAGGCAGGCUGAGGACGCGCUGCGGCGGUCAGCGCGCGCUCUGGCCUGGGCCGAAGCAGUGUCGGUGCCAGCGGCCGACUGCUUCCGCCAUGUCUCUAGGGAGCUGGUGGGGCCCGGCUGCUUUCUGGAGGACUACGUCAUGGAGUGGAGACGGCAGAGGCGGUCUCGCACCACGUUCAGCGAGGCCCAGCUGCGGCAGCUGGAGCUAGUGUUCGGCCGUGUCACGCAGUACCCGGACCUGAGGCUGCGGGACGAGCUGGCGCGCCGCACACGCCUGCCGGAGGCCAGGGUACAGGUGUGGUUCCAGAACCGGCGGGCCAAGUGGCGGAAGCAGGUGCGACAGCGGCUGCUGGCGACCGUGCCGGCCGGGGACUGGGGGCGGCUCUGA